AUGCAUUACAAAUCGGUUCGACGUAUCGUCACAGGUCACACUCCGUCCGGUAAAGCCGUCAUCGAUUCAGAUACCCGUCUCACACCAUACGAUCCUAUGUCCCCAGACUGCUCUCCCGCCACAACAGAUAAACUAGGCUUCACCACGUUAUGGCGCACGGAGUCCUUCCCCGCCAAAGUUGACGGUCCAUGGAUGGACCUUCACGGCACCCAAAUCCCCCUCGCCGACUCCAUCGGCACUACAAUCCGCAUGGUAGAUUUCCCGCCUGGCCCAGGGUUCAUGCAUCGAACUCUUAGCAUAGAUUUCGGCAUCGUGCUUUCCGGCGAGAUUAUCCUGGAGUUGGAUAAUGGAGUGAAGACGAUACUGAAGAAAGAUGAUAUCGUCGUCCAGCGUAGCACUAUACAUUCCUGGUCUAACUCGACAUCCAAGCCAGCCCGCAUGCUUUUCUCCAUGCUGCCUGCUGAACCUGUUAAAAUCGGCAACGAGACUCUGGAGGCCACCACGAUCCCACCACCCCCUGUCCAUCAUAAUGGAUCGCCCUCCCGCAGCAGUGUCUCCUGA